UCAAAAAAUAAGCCGUCUUGUAUUUCACUGGUCUUCACUAGAGACAGCUACAGCUUUAGAAAUCGAUGCUUUUGUUUCUAGACACGCAGUUCAGCUAGGAAGUUUUAUAUUCCAAUAAAUUUAUUAAUUUAAUUUACUGGGCAGAAGAGCAAUAACUUACUGAUGUAUGUUUUGUCAGUUUUCCUUUAUCGUCAUUGUGUUUCUGCAAUUCUGGUUUAAUGUUAAUCAAGUACGCCCACUAACUUGCUACAAGUGUACCGGUUCGGUUGGGUCCACGUGUGACGUUUCCGUUAACGAUCUUGCUUCCGCCAGUGCUCAGACAAGCUGUGACAAAGUCUGCAGGACAGAGUAUUUUGAGGUCAUCAACGCUCCACUAAGCAAUCCUUUUAGCCGGAGCUGUGCCUUGAUCAUGGAUACGACCGACAUCCCCAUCCCGCAAAACGCCUCCAUGUACUGCGAGAACUGGAACAAGAACCGUGACGCCUGCAUCUGUCAGCAGGAUCUCUGCAAUGGGCUUUCCUACGAGCAGUUGGAAAGGUUGAUGGCCGCUAUCCCCAUACAGACGAACAAACUACCAGGCAGACGUUUCUUCACAGCCGAAGAAGCCAAGCAGUUAAUCAAGGCACCAUGGGUCGCCAAUAUGUCUGACGAUAUUAACGAUAAAAUGGGCGGCGCACCGGCUAUGGGAAGGACCAGAUCAGGAAACCAAACAUCAGCUCGGAAUGCCACGUCUUCUGUACCGCGUCUUGCAGGAUCGCGAAGAAUGUCGAUGGAAAUGAUCGUGAUCGUUGCCGGCGUUUCGGUGGUAUGCCAAUUCCUUCGCGUCCGUGAUAAACUGCAAAUCUGCAAAUCAAGUAAUUUUUGCCAGGUGUUUGCCAGGUUAUGAUUGGCGGAGUUAUGUUCGCCAGCACACGACAGUGUCGCCAGAGCUCAACUAAAGGAAGAGCUUGAUGGGAAUUCGAUGGUACACGCUGAGUGCAAUAUUAUGUUUAGAAAUAUUAGUCUAGUGCGUACGUUGUGAUGUUGAUUAUUGAGAAUUUACAUUCUGGAUUUUUUAUAGAUUCCUCAACUCAGUAACCGUUUAUUGUUGCGUCUAGUGUGAUGUGAGGUGUUGGUGUGUUUACUUUCAUUUCGUGCAGCGUAUAUUUUUCUGUCAAACCAGACAACUGCGACAUAAAUCGACAUAAAA